AUGGAUAGUGAGAUGUCCACGUGGGAACACGAUCUUCAGAAGCUAAAUGGCCCAUCAGGAAAAUCAGAUGGAAGCAGUAGUUUUCCUGCCUCGUAUUCAAAUCCGCUUUCCCAAUUUAAUCUCUUUGAGAAGAAGACCCACGUUCGCUUCGAAAGCUUGUUAAAUUUGGCAGACAUUGCAGAUGUUUACCCCAGUAAGAACAUUCAACUAUCUGUUUCGAACAAUAGGCCAGAUGGGAAUGCCAGAAAUCGACCUCCUCGUAGAAACUCUUUGCCAGGGAAAACGAGGAAGAGUGAAUCUUCUUCGAGGAAAAAAGAAGCCCCCAAGAAUGAGGAAAACAUAAAAAAAUCAAAACCCAAUGACCAGGAGGAAAUAAUUGCUCUGUUCAGAAAGAUUCAGGCUUCUAUUGCUAAGGAAUCGGCAAGCUCCAUUGAUGAAGAAUCCCACAAGGAUGAACAUGGAGCCACGUCUAUUCUAGAGACCCUUCGUGAACCAAGAAAGCAGUUAAAAGGCAAAACUUCAAAGAAGGCAGGAGCUAAAGUGUUCAGGAGUAAAGGCACGUCUGAAGAGAAGGAAAUGCAUGAUCCUUCACCGCCACCAGCUGCAGAUUUCAAGUUGGUUCGACCACCCUCUAAAUUUGUGAAGAGAUCACCAAUCCCUCCUAAAGUUGAUGCAUCUCAGGCCAUAGCUGAAAGCAGAGAGUUGAAGUUCCCAAGUAUAGAGAAUAUGAAACUUGCCGAGCUAAAAGCACUAGCAAAAUCUAGAGGAAUUAAGGGUUACUCCAAAUUGAAGAGAAAUGAGCUCAUGGAAAUCCUGAGAUCCUAAAUCACGUCACCGCAUUUUGAGGAGAAACCAUCGAUCUCCUCUAUUUUCAUUUUUUUUCUUUUUCCUUUGGUGUUCCUCUUUCUACUUGUUUCACAUGUUUUUAAUAACAAAAUUGCAAGCUGGUCUUCUAGUGGAUCAUAACAUUCAAAAA